AUGCAGAUCAUCGACAUCACUGUUUUCAGUUACGAUGCAAAAUAUGCAAAGGGAAGAUACACCAUGUCCGGUGGACGGGUUUCUCUUGGUGAACCCUCCAUCGUAGUCCGAGUUCGCACCGACGAUGGCAUCGAGGGCUGGGCGGAGACGGCACCCCUGGGUAGUACCUACUUGCCAAGUUCUUUUGCAGGCGAGGUUGCUGCCCUUAAGGAACUUGGCCCAGCAAUUUUGGGCUUAGACCCUCGGUCGCCGGGAUCGAUUAACGCAGCCAUGGAUCGAGUCAUGAUAGCAGGAACAGCGGCUAAAGCAACCUUGGACAUGGCUUGCUGGGACAUAAUGGGUAAAUCGAUGCAGUUGUCAACUGCCGUUCUGUUGGGUGGGAAACUUGGAGCUAAAUUGCCAGCUUUCUCGGUUAUUGGCGUUGGUGAACCUGAAAUUGCUGUCCAGAAAGCUCGUGAUGAAGUAUUAAAUGGAGUGAAAGCUUUACAACUCAAGGUAGGUGAUGAUCCAUUGAGCGAUGCACGAAGAGUCAGGGCUGUUCGGGAAGCACUCCCCGAUAGCAUCGAAGUCUGGGCCGAUGCAAAUGGCGGGUGGAAUCUCGAUCAGGCUUUGAGGUUUGCCAGGGCGUUAGAGCAGGAUCUUGCCGUACCGAUUGAACAGCCAUGCCGACUCAUAUCCGAGUGCGUGGAGGUUGGUCGCCGCACAGGACUGCCAAUUACCCUUGACGAGAGUAUUUUCACGAUGGCGGAUCUGGUUGCGGCCCACGCUGGAGGAAUCACCGGCGUCAAUAUCAAGAUCUCCCGUGUUGGCGGAUUCACAAAGGCCCGAACUUUGCGCGAUGCUGCUGUUGCACUUGACAUGAUGGUUGUCAUUGACGAUACAUGGGGUUGUGCGCUGACCACUGCGCAAAACAUCCAGCUGGCUGCUUCUACGCCGCCAAACCGCUUGCGCGCUGUUGACCUUUUCGCCGAAUGGACUCAUCCAAUGAUCGCCGAAAUUCCUAGGAUGCAGAGUGAUGGUAAUAUCAGUUGCAAUGAUCUCGCUGGAAAUGGAAUUGGUGAAAUCAAUAUGGGCCUUCUGGGAGAUCCAUUGUUCCGAAUGCAAGUAUGA